GGGGCAGGAGGGGGUGCCCGUUAAAGUUUGUGGCAUUAUAUACGUAGGUUAUGUUUUGUUUGGGUUCGGGGGGGCUUUUAAGACACAUUGAUUAAAUUUGUGAUUCCUUGACUUUGGGGCCUUUACUUUUCUUUUAUUGAAAGCACUAGCUUGGUCGCUGUUAUCUUGUGGUUUCUUCAAAGUCUUUGGUAUUUACCUCACUGAUGCACCCAUUCACAAGCCGGACAAUCACGAAAUUUAAAGAAGUACUUUUGUAUUAGUGCUACAAUCCGUCUGAGCCAUGGGGGAUAUGCUAAAAGAGUUACGGGAAAGGUCUCAAAAGAGGAAGAAGCUCCUCGCACAAACAUUAGGUGUUUCGAAUGUAGAUGAAUUGGCCCAAGCUCUUGGGACAAGAGAAGAGACUCAAGAACGUCGCCAAAGUGCUGCCGGUAGUUCCACGGCUGAGGUUAAGCCAGAGAAAUCAACAAGUCAAGAAGAAGUAGCAGAUGAACUCAUCUAUACAGAUUCGUCAACAUUUCUGAAGGGAACUCAAUCAUCAAAUCCACAUAAUGAUUAUUGUCAGCACUUUGUUGAUACGGGGCAACGUCCUCAAAAUUUCAUUCGUGACGUUGGUUUGGCAGACCGUUUUGAAGAGUAUCCUAAGUUGCGAGAACUUAUAAAACUCAAGGAUGACUUAAUUCAACAAACUGCAACUCCCCCUAUGUAUUUAAAGUGUGACUUGCGGACCAUGGAUUUAAAACAGCUGGACCACAAAUUUGAUGUGAUUCUUGUAGAACCUCCUCUUGAAGAAUACCAGCGCACCAUGGGUGUAACAAAUAUGGAAUUCUGGUCAUGGGAAAGGAUCAUGCAGCUGGACAUUGGAGAACUAGCUGCACCACGUAGCUUCCUUUUCCUGUGGUGUGGUUCCUCUGAGGGGUUGGAUAUGGGAAGGUUUUGCCUACGGAAGUGGGGAUUCCGUCGAUGUGAAGAUAUUUGUUGGAUUCGCACCAACAUUAACAACCCAAACCACUCUAAAAACCUAGAUCCAAAGGCUGUAUUUCAACGUACCAAAGAACAUUGCCUGAUGGGCAUCAAGGGCACAGUGCGACGCUCUACAGAUGGUGAUUUCAUCCAUGCCAAUGUUGACAUCGAUCUCAUUAUUUCUGAAGAGACAGAAUAUGGUUCUCUCGAAAAGCCUGUGGAGAUUUUUCACAUUAUUGAACAUUUUUGUCUUGGUCGUCGAAGACUUCAUGUCUUUGGACGUGACAGUACCAUCCGUCCUGGAUGGUUAACCAUUGGUCCAGAGCUCACAAAUAGCAAUUACAAUGCAGAUCUGUAUAACAGCUACUUUAGCUCUGGGCAAUUGACAUCAGGAUGCACUGAGCGUAUCGAAGCACUUCGUCCGAAGUCUCCGCCACCCAAGGGCAAAGGUGGGCCUGGAGGAAGGGGAAGAGGGGGGCCAUCAAGAGGCGGUUUCUCAAGGGGCAGAGGCCGCGGGCGAUAGUCAAGAAGCAAAAGCCACAAGUUUAUGAAACAUUUUUAAAAAAUCUGGUUUCUUAACAUACUUGAUGUUUUGAUUUCAACAGUUUCCAACGACCAUGAUUUGGAAACCCAUAGAUGGCAGGUUUGACAAUUGUGGAACAUUAUCUAUUUUUGAUGUUUCACGUGCAAUUAACAAUUACAAAAAAAAAAAAAAAAAAAAACAUUCUUGUUCUUUUUUUUAAUAUAUUGUUUGUGGUGCUGAUUUGACUAUCAAUUAAAUGUUUUUAUAUGUUGCACCUCCUUGAGUCAUUGUAGAAACUCAAACUAUGUAUUUUCAAAAACAAAUGUAUGAUACAGGUAUGAGAAGUAUCAUUUUAAAUCUAUUACAUAGAAAACUUAUUGUAUCUUUUUGUCCCUGUUAGUCAGUAUGGAAAAUAUUUUUAAUGACCUUGUUUGAAUUUCCAAACGGAACUGCUUUUAUCUUAAAGUGAUACUGCCCGAAUCAUCUGUGUACUGCUCAUGAAAUUGACCUGUGUGCAAUCAAAUCCAGUAAAUUGUUACUUUUU